CAUGUCCCCGCCCCUCGCUUUGCAUGUCCCCGCCCACGCGGCGCGGCGCGGGCGCGCAGUCGGCGGCGGCCAUGGCUCCGAGCGCGCAGGCGGGGGCCGGCCGCGGGCAGGGCCCGGCCGCGGGGAUCCGCCACGGCAUCCGCGCCGUGCUGCUGGGCCCGCCCGGAGCCGGCAAGGGCACGCAGGCCCCGAAGCUGGCCGAGACCUACUGCGUGUGCCACCUGGCUACCGGCGACAUGCUGCGGGCCAUGGUGGCCUCGGGCUCCGAGCUGGGCAAGCGGCUCAAGGAGACGAUGGAUUCGGGGAAGCUGGUGAGUGAUGAGAUGGUGGUGGAGCUGAUUGAGAACAACCUGGACUCGCCUCCCUGCAAGAAUGGGUUCCUCCUGGACGGCUUCCCACGCACAGUGAAACAGGCAGAGAUGCUGGAUGAGCUCCUGGAGAAGAGGAGAGAGAAGCUCGACUCCGUCAUUGAGUUCAGCAUCCCCGACUCCUUGCUGAUCCGGAGGAUCACGGGCCGGCUGAUUCACCCAGCGAGUGGCCGCUCGUAUCACGAGGAGUUCAGACCCCCGAAAGAGCACAUGAAGGACGAUGUCACUGGAGAGCCCCUGAUCCGCCGCUCGGACGAUAACGAAACGGCCCUGAAAACCCGCCUGAAGGCCUAUCACACCCAGACCUCCCCCCUGGUGUCCUACUACAGCAAGAGAGGGAUCCAUACGGCCGUGGAUGCCUCCCAGUCUCCCGACGUGGUGUUUGCCAGCAUCCUGGCAGCCUUCACGAAAGCAACAUGUAAAGACCUGGUUAUGUUCAUUUAAGGCUCCGUCCCAGGAUGGGGUUCUCCUUUUUUACGUUUUCCUGUCUCUUUCUCUUUCUCUGUCUCUCUGGGGCCAAGGAGGGUGAAGAGCUGAGCAGAGUAGAAGGGGAAAGGAUGAGGUGAUGCAGCCCAAGGCAGGGCUGUGCUAGUUCUCCAGUUUAAUUAAACGAGCUGUUAACGGUAUCGAUGGUAUCGAUGUGGCUAUACGUGAAGUCGGUCUGCGUGUAGAUGUUGGGAUCUUGGCCUCUAGAGGCCGCAGCGAGCCCAGGCUCCACUUGCCGAAAUGGGCUCUGCACUCCUUUGGGUCAAAAAGCCUUUGUUUCGUCCUAGGAAUGCACCUCCCUGGAAGGAGCUGUACUUCCAGCUCCUCCCAGCUACCCCACAGGGGCCUUGGAGAAGGUUGGGGAUGUGGGGGAAGGAUUUCCCAGGAGAUGUGAAGCUGCAGGAUUGAAACCUGGGGUUGCUCUGGGUGUGUUGCUGUGGGAGCAGCCUGAGGGACAGCCUGGCUGCUGCUCGGGGCUGGGUGAUGAUGUGUUCUCCUUGUACGUGUUUUAUUCCCUGUGGGGUACCAGGUUCCUGUUCUGAUGGCACCUGGGGGGGCAGAAAGAGGGUGGGGGGUUUCAACCAUUAUUUAUUUGUGGGAUUUAUAGCAAAUUAGUGAGAUGCUUCUUGCUCUUUUUAAUGUGAAAUCUGUGGUCAGAGUCUGACAGUUACUGUGUGGCAGGUUGGGAUGUCCUGAGGAUAAGAAAAGGACUUGGGUUUGAACUCUUCACUUUUGCCUUGGUUUUGACCAAGGAGAGGAAGAUGCGCUGAGCUUCUCCUGAUCCCAAAGUCUAAAUAUAAUAAAGCCUUAUUGCAAAACAAA